AUGGCGAAAACAAACCUAAACCGCCGCUUUCUCAUCGAACUCAACGGCCAAUUCGUCAGUACCUUGUCUGAUACCGAGACCGCCAAUCUCGCCGCCAAUCGUGAGGAAAAGUACCCCGUUAACAUGGGAGACCGCGAGCAAGCUGCGGUCUUCACGCUGCAGAAUGGACUGUUGCUUUGUAACAACGACGUGUCUUUACUCGUUCUGGGCCGGUGGAUAGACGAGGAAUCAAGCACGCUUGAGCCUCUGCCUAUGUACUGGGCGAGCCAAUUCGAUAAGGUGCAGUCGGUUCAGUACACGGGGGAGGGUGAGGAUGUUCAGCUUGAGUCUUUUGGUAUGUUGGUUGCGCUGACUGGGCGGCUUCGGGCGAUAUAA